AUGAAGAUUGUGGCUUGGAACUGUAGGGGUUUGGGUCAAGCGGACUCCCCUAAAGUUCCUUAUAUUGCAUCCUUAGUUCGCUCUCAUAGUGUCGAUGUUGUGUUUUUAGCUGAAACUAUGGUGUGUGUAAAUUCUGCAAUGCAUAAGUUAUCUUCUCUGUCGUAUUCAGGUUUUGUGGGUGUAGAUUCGGUGGGUCUUAGUGGUGGUCUUUGUGUAUUUUGGUUUUCCCCAGUUGUGAUUGAUCCUGUCUUGGUUUCUCCGCAUGUAAUAUUGUGUCGAAUUGUGGAGAAUUUGGUAAUAAAAUAUGCCCUUUUUCUGUAUGGAGCGCCUCAAGUUUCUGAUCGUAUGACUGUGUGGUCGGAAAUCUCUAAUAUUUUAGCCACUUAUCCGAAUGUUGUGUUAGUCGGUGAUUUUAACCAGGAAGAAUAUUUAUCGGAUAAAGUAGGGGGGAAUUUGGAUAUUCCUGGUCGUCAUGAUUUCAUGCAAUGGAAAUUAGACAUGGGUUUAUUAUAUAUCCCAUUUACAGGACCUGGUUUUACUUGGACUAAUGGGAGGUUAAUGUCAGAUCCUACUUUUGAGAGAUUGGACAAAGCUUAUGCUACAUCCCUUUGGUUACAGGAUAGGCCUGCUACUUUUGUUCAGCACCAACCUAUUUUGUUUUCUGAUCAUGCAGCUAUUAUUUUGAGUGAUUCUUCUUCUACGUACAUGGUGAGGUCUGUUUUUGCAAUUCAUGUUCCGGUUUCUCAUAUGUUUUCAUUAUCUCGAAGGCUUUGUAUUCUUCGUCAUCGUUUGUUAGCUUGGUGUGUUACUCACAAGAAGAUGUGGGGUAUUGAUUGGAAAUCUUUGGUUGCUGAUGUUUCUCAAGCGUCUGUUGUUCUUAACUCCCGUUACGACCGUUGCCUUUUCCACAAAGCUCGGCGAAGGAAAAACUAUAUUCUGGGUUUGCGAGAUACUGAUGGGCCUUGGGUAUCAGAUGUGGGGGGUAUUCGUUCGAUUGCUUUGAAUUUCUACAAGGUUCUUUAUAGUGGGGACUCACAAUGUUCUUCCUCGGUUCAAUCCUCUGUUUCUCGGUUUUCUUGGGAUUCUCUUCAUUUGCCAUCUUUAUCUGAUACGCAUCGCCAGUCCUUACUAGCUCCUUUCUCAGCUGACGAUAUUAAGCGGGCUAUGUUUAGCAUUGCAGAUGACAAAUCUCCAGGUCCAGACGGUUUUUCUUCGGCAUUUUUCAAAACCUAUUGGCAUGAGGUAGGAAAUCACGUGAUCACGGCUGUUCAAUUCUUUUUUGCUCAUGGGUAUUUACUAAAGGACUGGAAUCGUACGUUCUUGGUUUUAAUCCCAAAGGUUGAUCAUCCUGAGUUUAUUUCUCAAUUCCGUCCUAUUGGCCUUUGUAAUGUCGUCUAUAUAUGCAUUACUAAAUGUCUUUCUCAUCGAUUGCGCGGUGUACUUCCGGAUUUAGUCUCAGACUACCAGAAUGCCUUUAUUCCUGGUAGGCUAAUGUCAGAUAACUGCUUGAUGGUGCAUGAGUUGAUUUCUUUCACGAAUGCCUCCAAAGCUAGGAAACGUUUUUAUGCGGCCCUCAAAAUAGAUAUGAACAAAGCCUAUGAUAGGGUUAGUUGGGAGUUUUUAUCCCAGGUGCUUCAGGUCUUUGGUUUUCCUCCCUAUUGGAUUCAUUUAAUUAUGCAGUGUGUUUCAACGGUGUCAUAUCAAGUGCUUGUUAAUGGUGCUCCUUCCGAGUCUUUCCGUCCUCAGUGUGGUUUACGUCAAGGGGAUCCUCUUUCUCCCUACCUGUUUGUUCUUUGCAUGGAAGUGCUCUCUGCGAUGCUGAGGAAAGCUGAGAUGGAGGAGUUGUUUCAUGGUAUCAAAAUUUCGAGGGGAGCACCAUCUAUAUCACAUUUGUUCUUCGCGGAUGACUCUUUAUUGUUCUUCCAUGUUUCGCCUACUUCUUAUGAACAGGUGAUGAAUGUUCUUUCUGAGUUCUGUGCUAUCUCGGGACAAAUGCUUAAUAUGCAGAAAUCGUUUGUAAAGUUUAGCCCGAAUACUCCGGAGGAUUAUCGGGCAUAUUUGUCUAAAUGUUUACAGCUACGUUCUGAAUCACGAUUUGGUACUUAUCUGGGGCUUCCUGUUGAUUUAGGUCGUAGUAAGUGUUCCGAGUUUGGUUUUCUUGUAGAUAAGGUAGCUAAACGCCUUGAGGUGUUUGCUGCAUUACACCUCUCCCCUGCGGCGAAGUUGAUCAUCAUUAACUCGGUGCUCCUUGCCUCGUUUAAUCAUAUUUUAUCAGUUUUCCAGAUUCCAGAUUCUAUUUGCUCUAGGGUAGACAAUUUGCUAGCCAAGUUUUGGUGGAAAUCUUCACAAUCGAGUCGCGGGAUGGCUCUUCGUUCUUCUAAGUUACUGCACCUCCCGAAGGGACUAGGGGGUUUGGGUAUUCGUAGUCUUGCUCCGUUUAAUUCUGCCUUAUUAGCAAAACAGAGUUGGCGACUCAUUCAAUCCCCGCAACUGUUGGUUUCUCGUCUUCUGUUUGCUAAAUGCCCUUCUUUAGCAGGGGGUGUUGCGUCCUCGGUUUCUCGCCUUUCUUGGGGUUGUCGGGGUCUUCUCUCAGGACUGUCUGUUUUGUCUAAGGGUUUGGUUUGGAAGGUUGGUUCGGGUUCUCGGGUUCGUAUUUUGGAGGAUUCUUGGGCUCCUGGUGGACAGGUUCAGUUCAAGGAUUUUCCGUCAGAGGCGGUUAGACCGACUUUUGUAUCUUCUUUACUUGAUCCGCAUUCUUACGCGUGGGAUACUUUGAUUGUUCAUAGGUUGUUUGACUCUUUGUCAGCUACUAGGAUUCUUUCUUUGGAUCGGCCGGGGAGGCAAAUGGAUGAUUUUGUAUACUGGAAGUUCACUAGAGAUGGUGUUUUCUCCACCAAAUCGGCUUAUGCCUUUCUUUGCCAGUCCCCUAUGACCCCUGGUUUUGGUAGCCGGUUGACUCCAACCUGGUGGCGGAGGUUUUGGCAGCUUCAUAUUCUUCCUCGGUGGAAAGUGUUUGGCUGGAAAAUAUUACAUGAUGCUCUUCCGAUGGAACCCCUUCUACAUUCCCGUGGUUUUCCGGUUGACCCGGUAUGUGCUUUUUGCCAUCAAGAGUGGGAGGAGGUGUCGCACACCUUUAGAGACUGCCCUGCUGUGCGAUCUUUAUGGCAGUCGGGAACGUUAGGGGUUUGUUGGGAUCUUUGGCAGUUCUUCCAGUUCGGGGAGUGGCUGGCUGACACCAUUUCUCGGUUCUAUUCUCACAAAUUUUGGAAGGGUAUCAUGUCUUUAUUUGCUAUCCUUUGGGCUAUUUGGCUUUCUCGGAACCAGUUAAGAUUCAGACAUGCGGUUUGGUCACCCAGGACAAUUGAAGGUUUGGCUGAGGAUUGGUUCCAUCGUUGUGUCCAGUCUCAAGAUUGGAAGAAAUCUGUAUUGGGAUCUUGUUCGCCUAGUUCGCAUGUGCUUUCAGGGGAUCCAUGGUUGUGUUUGAGGGGAUUACCAGACAUAUCCCCCACAGUUUGUUUGAUCGUUGAUGGAGCUUGGGAUUGCUCCACUUGUAGGGCUGGUGCAGGUUGGGUUAUCCGUGACCUUUGUUCUUCGGAGGUUUUGGGUGGAGGUAGUAGGGCCUUUUUGUCCGGGUCGGCCUUACAGUCUGAGCUACAACCUUGUUUAUGGGGUCUUCAAGCGGCGGUUCGUAAAGGUUUCUUGAAGAUUCGGAUUCAUUCUGAUUGUGCGACCCUCCUUUCUAUGAUUCUGAAUUCAGGUCCAAUGGACAUUUCGGUUUGGUGGCUCAUUCUAGAAUUGCGGGCUGUUGUAGAGUCAUUUUUGGUAUGCCAAAUUCGUAAGGUUCCCCGGUCAUGGGUUUCUCCGGCUCACUGGUGCUUGUGUUUUGCUCAUAAUCAAAAUACUAGGGAUGAUAAGUUUGCUAGUAGGAGUCGCAAAUGUGUUUUCUUGGGGUAUCCUUUUGAAAAGAAAGGGUGGAGGUUGUAUGAUCUUGAGUCUAAGAAAUUCUUUGUCUCUCGUGAUGUGAAAUUUGUGGAAGAUGUGUUUCCUUUUGGGGAACCCGAAGUAAAGGGGGCAAGUGGCACCAACCAGCCAUCUGCCGCAAGCUCCUCGAGCAGCUCCCAACAUCCCAGAGCUAGUCAGCUUGCUGGGAAUGCUGCGGGCGUUGGGUUAGCAAGCCAGCAUGCAACCCCAGCCAUUGACCAGGCUGUUGGUAGUGUUGUGCAGUGGGUGCUGGAAGCAAUACUGUUAGUACUGCGAGUGAUGGCAGCUCGUUUCCGCAACAGCAAGUUCUAA